GCAUCACUCGCUCUGGUUUCAGUUGGUUCUGUUCUGCGUUUGAGACUAGGGAAUGGCGAAGGAAUAUUCAUCAGAAGAAGAGGAAAACCUGCUAGAGAAUGUGGCGAAGCACCCUUCCCUUUGUAACACAGCUUCUCUAGAGAUACAGGAAGAUGUCACAGGGGAAACGAUGACUGUUCAGGUUGAUGUUGCCAUGAGAGGAGGAAUCGCCCCAGAUUUGCUGUCGUCUGUGACGACGGUCGAAGAAAGAUCAUUGUCUGGUCAUCGUUUCCAUUCACUGUAUCGGAACAGACGACAAUUGAGCUGCAGAGGAAAACGAAAGGGAAAGGAAAAAGAGAUGAAUAGUAACAUGGAAAUGAGUACCAUUGAGGUUCCAACUGUGGAUAGGAUUAAGAGGAAAGAGGACGAGGUCUCCCAUACUACUGAACCGAUUUCUUUCCAAUAUUUCCUGGAUCUGGUAGGAACUAGUGGACCCUGGAACUAUCUGGUUUUCCUACUUUGUGCUACAUAUUCCUUCGUGAGUCCCUUUCAGUCGCUCUCUUACCAGUUCUUAGGAGACACUCCAGACCACUGGUGCCACAUCCCUGAGUUAGUCGAUGCUAACUGGACGGAUCUUCAGAUUCUUCGUUUUGCCGUUCCUUUUGACAAUGCCACGGGGAAGUAUGACGGAUGUCUCAUGCGCAAUCUCAACUACUCCUCCGCUGCUGAACUUGGCUACGAGGAGAGCCUGGAGCAAUUGGAUGCCCUCACUAUAGACGACAGGGAAAUCAAGUGUCCAACAAGAGACUUUAAUUUGACUGAUUUCCCGUCGACGGUUGUGACCGAGUGGGACCUCGUCUGCAACAGAAGAUUCCUAUAUUCAACCACCUUCUCUGCCAGUUUCUUCGUCAGGUUGUUCACUUCACCUUUCACAGGUUUCAUCAUUGAUGCGUUUGGUCGCCGAUUGAGUCUGCUAGUGAGCUUGGCUCUGUUCAUACCAAGCGGCUUGUUGCAGCAGCCUCUACCAACUUCGUUAUGUAUUUCAAUGCCACGGGGAAGUACGACGGAUGUCUUAUGCGCAAUCUCAAUUACUCCUCCUGCUGCUGAACUUGGGUACGAGGAGAGCCUGGAGCAAUUGGAUGCCCUGACUAUAGACGACAGGGAAAUCAAGUGUCCAACGAGAGACUUUAAUUUGACUGAUUUCCCGUCGACGGUUGUGACCGAGUGGGACCUCGUCUGCAACAGAAGAUUCCUAUAUUCAACCACCUUCUCUGCCAGUUUCUUCGUCAGGUUGUUCACUUCACCUUUCACAGGUUUCAUCAUUGAUGCGUUUGGUCGCCGAUUGAGUCUGCUAGUGAGCUUGGCUCUGUUCAUACCAAGCGGCUUGUUGGCAGCAGCCUCUACCAACUUCGUUAUGUAUUUAAUUCUACGGAUCCUCGUUGCCCAGUUUGAUAUGUGCUGCUACAUGGCGAGCUAUGUUUUGUGCCUGGAAUUAAGCGGCAAAUCCCAGAGGUCGAUGCUGGGAGUUCUCUUCAGCGUCCCUUGGGCUCUGGGCUACAUGGCGCUUCCGGGCGUGGCUUACCUCAUACGGGAGUGGAGGUUCCUGCAGCUGGCUCUGAUGAUCCCCGCCCUCUUCAUGGUCGUUGAAUUUUGUGCCAACGUGUACCUCUACAUGUUCUUUGGUGGCCUCUUGGAGUUGCCCUCCUACAUUCUCUUGUGGCCUCUCGUCUCCUUCUUGGGCCGCAAAUGGUCCUUCAUUUCCCUCUUCGUGGCGUGUGGGGCCGCCAUCGUCAUCAUCCCAAUCCUGGAUGAGUUCGCUCCUACAGCUCCGGUAAGUGCCAAGGUGGCGUUUUCUCUCCUUGGCAAGAUGGCCAUCAACAUGGCUUUCCAGCUGGCCUUCCUGUACACGGCGAAUUGUAUCACACAUCACACGUUCCUUCUACAUCAGUUUGGUGCCAUUUUUUUCGGCUGGAGGCGGUGCAGUGUCGCCUUACAUCAAUGACCUCUUGGUCAACAUAGCUACGUGGGCGCCCCCCGUGACUUUUGCAGCGAUGUCCUUCCUGGCGGGGGCGUUAAGUCUCACUUUACCGGAAACGAAGGACGAGGAACUUCCGGAAGACGUUGGCGACGUUGAAACGUCCGCUUCUGCGUCCCAUCCGAAAAGAGGGUCGUCGUAGGGAAUAAUCGUUUGUGCAAGAGUGUUUUGUGUUUUGUGUGAUGACGAUGAUGAUGUUGAAUGUACUUAGGUGUAAUGCGUUAUUUUCAUUUGACGCGUCUCUGAUCGCUUGUCGCCCGCGGAAGGGACGGGAAAUCUUUGUCAGCAACUGGAUGUUUGUCGUUGUUUUAUUUGCUUCGAAAGAGAGGAAAGUGGCAUUUCAGGUUUGUAGUAAUAAUGAUUAGAUAUUAUGGAGGUUAAUGUUUUCACUUAUGCUGUGAAGUCUUUCGUUCGCCAAGUUUUUGUUGAAUUUCCGUUUUGUUUGUUUUCAAUAUCAUCCAUUACUAGUAGUGUUGUAUAGUAGAAAACUUUUUAAUUUAAUUUUGUAUUUUAUAGAUAAUUACAGCAUGAUGCAUGUUCA